AUGGAUAUUAAACAUUAUACUGGUUUUAAGUCUAUAUCACAUGAUAUCCCAUUUCAACCAGCUACACCAAAAAAGGGGAAAGAUUUAGUUGAUGCAGGACAUGUCAACGCAAUGGCAGCACUGCGCGGAAGACCAAUUCCGUGUGUACAGUCAAUUUAUAAUAUUGUUAAAAAUUUUGAGAGUUGUUAUUGCCUCAAAAAUUGCAGAAAAUGUCACGCUCGAGAAGUGUUACCAGAAAAAGUUGAGGAAAGAGAAUACCGGGAUACACAAAUUUGUGCAACAAUCGAGGUAGAUUCAACACGUUCAAGUAGAAGCGUUGCUAGAGAGUUAGAUGUUAGCAAUGUUACUGUAACGAAAGUAUUGAAAAAGCACGGUUACAAGAAUUUUAAAUAUUCGAAAACGCAGCAACUUUAUCCAGACGAUUACUUUCGAAGAAUGGAGUUUUGUGAAACUCUAAUAACGAAGGCUAAUAGUGAACCAAAUUUUAUUAAAAACAUUUUAUUCACUGAUGAAUCUUCUGUUUCGUUAGUAGGGAGACACAAUCCUUCCAUUACGAGGUAUUGGGCGCGGGAAAACCAGCACAGAAGUGUUGUUUACCGAACUCAACGUCCUCAAAAAGUUAACGUCUGGACUGGCAUUUUAGGAGACCACAUAAUAGGUCCAUUUUUUAUUGAGGGCAACUUGAAUAGUAGAGUAUACCUCGAUUUGUUACAGAAUCAUGUUCUUCCCACUAUUCUCAAUCUUCCUGAUGUAAAUCUGGAGAAUGUUUGGUUUCAUCAAGACGGCUGUUCAGUUCACAACGCUCGAAUUAUUAGGGAGUAUUUAAACAAUACUUUCCCGAAUCGAGUUAUCAGUGGAACAGGCGAUAUUAAGUGGCCUGCGCGAUCUCCAGAUCUUACACCCAUGGACUUCUUUUUUUGGGGACAUUUAAAAAGCAUUAUCUACGCUCAUCCUGAGGCUAGAGCCCAAAAUUUUGAUGAAUUAAAAAAUCGAAUAAGAGAAGUCUCCAAUUCUGUUACAGCAGAAACUCUUUCAUCUGUUCGCAGAAGUUUUUAUGACAGAUUGGGGUACUGUUCAGCCGUAGAAGGUUAUUUCCUAGACCUAGACGAACACAAACUGGAAAUUAUGGAGACCCUAACUGAUGAUUCAUCUUACGCAGAAAAUUACACUAGUCAACACUCUGAAGGAAACACAUUAAAUAAAAAUAUGGAAGUUGCGACUGAACAAAAACCUUACAAGUGUGAAGUUUGUUUUAAACAAUAUAGUCUAGCAAGUAGUUUGAAAGCACAUUUGAGAGUGCACACUGGGGAAAAAUCUUACAAGUGUAAAAUUUGUUUUAAACAAUUUAGUCGAGCCAGUUAUUUGAAAACACAUUUAACAGUGCACACUGGAGAAAAAUCUUACAAGUGUGAAAUUUGUUUUAAACAAUUUAGUCGAGCCAGUUAUUUGAAAAAACAUUUAACAGUGCACACUGGAGAAAAAUCUUACAAGUGUGAAAUUUGUUUUAAACAAUUUAGUCAAGCAAGUCAUUUGAAAACACAUUUAAGAGUGCACACUGGAGAAAAAUCUCACAAGUGUGAAAUUUGUUUCAAACAAUUUAGUCAUGCCAGUUCUUUGAAAACACAUUUAAGAGUGCACACUGGAGAAAAAUCUUACACAUGUGAAAUUUGUUUUAAACAAUUUAGUCAAGCCAGUUCUUUGAAAACACAUUUAAGAGUGCACACUGGAGAAAAAUCUUACAAGUGUGAAAUUUGUUUUAAACAAUUUAGUCAAGAAAGUCAUUUGAAAACACAUUUAAGAGUGCACACUGGAGAAAAAUCUCACAAGUGCGAAAUUUGUUUCAAACAAUUUAGUCAUGCCAGUUCUUUGAAAACACAUUUAAGAGUGCACACUGGAGAAAAAUCUUGCACAUGUGAAAUUUGUUUUAAACAAUUUAGUCAAGCCAGUUAUUUGAAAACACAUGUAAGAGUGCACACUGGAGAAAAAUCAUACAAGUGUGAAAUUUGUUUUAAGCGGUUUUCUGAGGUAGGUAACUUGAAAACACAUUUGAGAAUACACACUGGAGAAAAAUCUUACACAUGUGAAAUUUGUUUUAAACAAUUUAGUCGAGCCAUUCAUUUGAAAACACAUUUAAGAGUGCACACUGGAGAAAAAUCAUACAAGUGUGAAAUUUGUUCUAAACAAUUUAGUCAAGCCAUUCAAUUGAAAACACAUUUGAGAGUUCACACUGGAGAAAAAUCUUGCAAGUGUGAAAUUUGUUUUAAACAAUUUAGUCAAGCCAGUUAUUUGAAAACACAUUUAACAGUGCACACUGGGGAAAAAUCUUACAAGUGUGAAAUUUGUUUUAAACAAUUUAGUCGAGCCACUUAUUUGAAAACACAUUUAAGAGUGCACACUGGAGAAAAAUCUUACAAGUGUGAAAUUUGUUUUAAACAAUUUAGACAAGCCAGUCAUUUGAAAACACAUUUGAGAGUGCACACUGGAGAAAAAUCUGGCAAGUGUGAAAUUUGUUUUAAACAAUUUAGUCGAGCCACUUAUUUGAAAAGACAUUUAAGAGUGCACACUGGGAAAAAAUCUUACAAGUGUGAAAUUUGUUUUAAACAAUUUAGUCAAGCCACUUAUUUGAAAACACAUUUAAGAGUGCACACUGAAGAAAAAUCUAACAAGUGUUAA